AUGAGCAGCAACAAUGCUUCAUCGUCUGUCAUCUAUCCAGUGACAGUAGAUUCCGAGGAUGCACGUGGAGAACUCCGUCAUCAUUGUGACUUGUGUAGCUGUGAGACCGAAUAUCCAUCUCACCUAAAACAACACAUCAAGAUCCACACAGACAAGCCACCAUUUCAAUGCCACUUAUGCCCACAGACUUUCAGAUUAGGCGGUGCAUUGGAUGCUCACAUGCGCACCCACACAGACGAGCGGCCGUUUAAAUGCCUUUCAUGCUCUCAAAGCUUCACAGAGACAUCCGCAUUAUGCGAGCAUGUGUACCUCCAUGAGGGGGAGAAUCUUUUUCAAUGUCCUUCGUGCUGCCGAAUCUUUGCACAAAUGUCCUCAUUCAAGAAUCACCUGCGUACUCAUACAGGUGAGCGUCCAUUUAAAUGUCCUUCGUGUCCACGAAGCUUUGCAUUGAAGGCCGCAUUCGAGGGUCACUUGCGCACCCAUACGGGCGAGCGUCCAUUUAAGUGUCCUUCGUGUCCACGAAGCUUUUCAUUGAGAUUCUCAUUUAAGACUCACCUGCGUACCCAUUCGAACGAGCGUUCAUUUAAGUGUCCUUUCUGUCCACGAAACUUCAAUUUAAGGUGCAUUUUCAGAGACCAUGUGCGCACUCACGCAGGCGAGCGUCCAUAUAAAUGCUCUUCGUGCUCUCAGAGCUUCGCCACGACGUCUUCAUUGAAAAGCCACAUGGUCAUCCAUUCAAGCAAGCGGCCCUAUAAGUGCCCCCUGUGCCCGCAGACCUACACUUCACAAGGCAGAUUGAAUGCUCACCUGCGCAUGCACUAGGAAUAGCAGCCGCAUGUCCUCGAAGCUUCACAGAAAGGUGCAACCUGAAUCUACACGUGCGCACUCACUCAGACGAAAGGCCAUUUAGAUGUACUGUGUGCUCCCAGGCUUUUAAGCAGAGACCACUUCUCAAAAGACA